UUGUCCCGGGGGCGUCUGGGAAGCCGCGGGUCCGUUUCGCUCAGUCGUGCGGAGGCGACGGUGACGGUAUGGCAGCGAGCAGGUCUGUGCGAGCGGCGCGGAGUUGCUUGAGCCCUUUGCUCCACUUGAAUUACCCUCGGUUCCACUCCAACAGAGGUUUGCUCUUCGCCUUCAGCACUGCUGCACAACAAAAGAGCACAGGGGAUGAUUGUGGCCCAGAAGAUCCUCAGAAUGAACCUAAACAGAUCUUGAGGGGAGAAAAUUUAGAACACAAGACCAUCAAGCUAGAAGAACAACUCCGUGUCUUAACAGAACAAUACCAAAGAGCCCUGAUGGAUUCUGAAAAUGUCAGACGUAGAACACAAAAAUUUGUUGAGGAUGCUAAGAUUUUUGGCAUCCAGAGUUUCUGUAGAGAUCUGGUAGAAGUAGCAGAUAUCCUGAACACCACUUUGGAGAUUGUUGUAGAAGAUGAUGAUGACCCAACUCUGCACCUCAAUAAGAUCUGCGAAGGCCUGACUCUUAUAGAAGUCAAACUACAACGCAUCUUUACUAAGCACGGUCUGCAAAAAAUGAACCCCAUUGGUGGCAGAUACGACCCCUAUGACCAUGAAAUCGUGUGUCAUGUGCCAGCAGAAGAUAUGCAACCGGGUACUGUGGCUUUAGUGACUGUGGAUGGUUACAAACUUCAUGGCCGCACCAUCAGACAUGCACAUGUAGGGGUGGCAGUAGAAUCUCAAGAAAGUGAUGAACCUGCAUCUUAGUAAUUAGGAUCCUAUGAACUUAUUUCUUUUGUCCACAUCAUCAUUGCUGCUUUAUUUAUUAAGCCACACCGGUAUGAUUUGCUGGUCUCUCAGGAUUGGCAUGAUCAUUUGGCCUUCCUUUUCAAGAUGUUAUUAUUCAAUGUUAGUUUUUCCUGUUAUGUAAAGAUAUUUUUUUGGUUGUUUCACAAUUGUGGUGUCCUCUUUUCUGAUCAUUAAUUUUAAGCCUGCAUUAAAAGGAAUGUAGGAUUCAUUCCAACAAUGCACAGACCUAUUGAAAAGUCAGUAAAAUCCGAUUGAUUUCAAUAGGUCUGUUCAAGGGUGACUAAAACUGGAUCCUGUUCUCUGAAAAAAGACUUUCCUCCAAGAUUUAUUUUUAAUUUGCUUGUUAAUCACACUAUUGUUCCCAUUUUCCUUUUUUAUAAUCUGUGAUAUACAUUUCAUCUGAGCUUUAUUUACAGUAACCCAGAGUCAUUCCUAUUUCAAUCUGGGGUUUUUUUCCAUUUAUUUUUUUAUCCAUGUGUUAUUUAAGACAUUCUCCUUAAGCAAUACAAGAUUUUUUUUUUAAAAAAAAACUUUAAAUAUGUGGACAACGGUAGAUCUGUGGUUCUUUUACAAUCGACCAAGUACAUCUUUUGGAGAAGAUUCUAGGUACCACUUAACCACUUAAGUCUAAGAUUGCCUUUCUUCUGAACCCAAUUUCAACCGUUCUUGGGCAUUUUUAACCCAAGAAUGCAUGUGCCAAGUCUUCAAGCUUCAACACUUUUCUUCUUGGAUGUUUCCUAGAUUUGGCUUUGCAUCUCGAAAUUUCCCUGAGUGCUUUGGCCAGUAAAAGAACAUUCUUGGUCCUAAAUUACUUCUGAAAACGGAUGCAUAAAUAUAAUCUUUGUUUUCUUGAACUUUUCAAGAAGCUGCUUUCAAGUAGAGAUACGAUACUCAUCUUAUCUUACAAGAAUGGUUUGGCUAAUUUAAAAUGGUGAAGUAUUUUGAAGAUGAAUAUCUCUGGGGUACUGAGUAAUAUUAUACCCAGCCGAAUAAUUUAUGAAGUUGUUUUCCUCUUAAAUUGAUUUUGGUCUUCCACAUUAUGAUCUAGCUAUCCCACCAAACCCACAAAUUCGGGAUCACGAUUUUCCACAUUUCAUGAAUUGGCUUAAUUCAAUAAAAGGUCCUCUAAAUGUAGCAUUUUAAACUGGGAAAAAUCAAUACUUAGUAUAAAAGUAUACUUUAUACUUAGUAUAAAACACAUGUCUUUCAUGGAACAGGUCAGUUCCUAAUACUUCAGGUUGUCGAGUCUCUUGCAACAAGAUCCUUGUUGUGAAGGAUCUUCCCUUGGGACUAUGUAUUGAACUGUAUUAUCUAACAAUGACUGGACUAGAUGAAUUAGUGAACAGCAAUAUAUGAAUGAUUCAUGGACUGUUAACAAUUCUGCAAAUAAUCUGCUGCCAUUUUCCAGCAUAGCCUGACAUAUUAUCACCAGUGGUGGAAAUGAUGAAUGAUAUUGGCCUUUUUGCAGAGGUUUUCAACUUUGGGAUAAUGACUAUGCAUAUGUUAACAGAGAGAAAUAUUAAUUUAGAAAUGAUUAGAUG